UAGAAUUUGCGGUAAGGUCAAACUGAGACGGUUCAGAAUCAAUCUUGACAGUAUUGAUCUGCUGAAAUGUUUUGUCUCAACGUCUUUUUCUGGCUGGUGGCCAUCAUGGCUACUUCUGCCUGUUUUCCGGUGAACAUGUCUGGUUUUUUCGACUGGACUCGCUGGUUUCCCUUAGCUGCAAACGUGCCAGUGACGCCAAGAACUUUGGCAGAGAUGGUUCUACCUCACGGAUACCCUUUGGAACAGCACAGAGUUGAGACAGAGGACGGUUACCUGCUCAACUUAUUCAGAAUUCCUUACGGCAAGAAGGGCAUGGUGGACAAGAAUCCGAGGACACCUUUGCUCCUCCAACAUGGAAUAUUGGCCGAUUCCUCCUGUUGGGUUUUAAGUGGCCCGGAACAAGGAUUAGCAUUCCUCUUGGCCGACAACGGUUAUGACGUCUGGCUGGGAAAUUCGAGAGGCACCUCAUACAGCAGAGAACACAAAACACUGGAUGCAGAUGUCGACAAAAAGGAAUAUUGGAAUUUCUCGUUUCAUGAAAUGGGCUAUUACGACAUGCCGGCUAUGAUCGAUUUCAUCACUGAAUAUACAAAACAGGAGAAAAUUGUAUAUGUGGGACACUCCCAAGGGACGACGGUUUUCUUCACGAUGGCUUCAACCCGGCCGGAAUACAACAAUAAAGUGAAAUUGAUGACUGCUAUGGCCCCGAUAGCUUUCCUUGAACACACCAGGGGUCCAGUGCACAGCAUACUUUCCUCAUAUGCAUACCUACUUACAACUUUUGUUAAGUGGAUGGGCAUUUAUGAAAUCCCUAACAACUAUUUACUGCACCUUAUUGACAGGAACCUCUGCCAAAGGACAGCCAUGACCAGGCCAAUCUGUGACAAUCUUCUCUUUUUGGUAGCUGGCUACGACUCCCAAGAGCUGAAUGUGAGCUUGGUGCCUGUCAUCGCUGAAAACUCACCAUCAGGAGCAUCGACAAAACAGUUUAUUCAUUUCGGACAGCUUGAAAACAAUGGUGGAAAAUUUCAAAUGUUUGAUUAUGGUUCUGAUAAUAAAAGACAAUAUGGUACCAACAAACCACCGGAUUAUCCUCUUCAUAAAAUAACCACCCCUGUGAUACUGCACUAUUCCGAAAACGAUUGGCUCGCUGGAGUUGAUGACGUAGAGAAACUGUUUAAAAGCCUACCCAAUGUGAGGAAAUAUGAAGUGCCCUAUGCUUACUUCAACCAUCUCGACUUCUUGUGGGCCAUCGACGUGAAACCCCUCCUUUACGACCUUGUCAUCAAAACACUAGAUGAAUACAAAUAAACAGUGAUAAUUAUUUUGUGAUACAUAUUUUGAAUGUUUUCAACGUGCCAUGUUAUUUAUUUCUAAACGCUAUU